AUGGCCGCGGCCUCGUGGUCGCCGUGCCUGCGGGCGGCCGCCGCCGUGCCAGCGCCGCCGCCGCCCCAGCGGAGCGCAGCGGCCGCGGCCGGCCCUGCGCCGCACGCCGCGCCGCGCGCGGCCGCGCACCGAGGCCUCCGCGGCGCCGCGCGGCGGGCGCAGCCGCCGGAGCGGCGGCGCCCGGCGGGCGCGCACGGGUGGCGGCCGACUGCGGCCGCGGCGGCAGGGCCCGCGGCCGCCGCGGCCGCGGCGUGGCUGGCGGGGCCAGUGGCGCGCCACCGGCGGGCCGAGGGCCGCGCGGCCGCCGCCCGGGCCGCGGGGCGGGGCGCGGCUGCCGCGGCGCGGGCGCUCCGGCCGCGGAGGGAGCUGCUGGAGGACCGGGUGCGGAUGGAGGCGUACCGCCAGGCGCUUUUGGAGACGUGCAACGACAAGGUGGUCCUGGACGUGGGUUGCGGUACGGGGGUCCUCUCCUUGUUCGCCGCACAUGGCGGCGCCAGGGCGGUGGUGGCCGUCGAGGGCAGCGAGAAGGCGGCCGGCUACGCCCGCAGGGUCAUAGCGAAGAAUGGUUUCGAGGAGCGCAUUACGGUAGUUUCUGGGCGCAUAGAGGACGUGGCUGACGAGGUAGACGCGGCUUUGCGCGCUGCGAGCGGCAGCGAUAAGGCAGAGGCGGACGUGGUGGUCUCGGAGUGGAUGGGCUACAUGCUCGUGUACGAAAACAUGUUUCGCAGUGUGGCCUUCGCGCGCGAUCGAUGGCUGGCAGAAGGGGGCAUUAUGAUACCUAAGUCGUGCUCGGUCUGGGCGGCGCCGUUCAGCGGCAAGGAAAUCGUCAAAGAGCUUGGAGGUUUCUGGCGAGAGCACCCCUACGGGAUCGACCUCUCGCCGCUCACGACCCCCGCAAUCUUGGAGAUAGUCGGCCGCCCCGUGGUCGAUACCCUCGAGGACGACUCCUGCGUGUUGGCGCAGCCAGUAGAGCUGUGGCAGCUGGACUGUCGCACGGCCUCCGACGACGAGCUGGGUGGCCACCGGGCGCCCUUCCGCUUCAGAGUGCUGCGCCGGGCGCCGUUCCACGGGCUGGCCGUGUGGUUCACGUGCGAGCUCAGCCGCGACGUCGUGCUCAGCACGGCGCCCGCGGACGAGCAGACCCACUGGUCGCAGACGCUGCUGUUCGCGGGGGGCACCGGGGGCGCGGCCGCGCGCGGGCCGAAGUCUGUGGGGAAGGGCGACCGGGUGGACGGGGAGCUGCGCUGGAGCGAGGUUGGCCGUGGGCUGCAGAUCUCCCUCGAGGGUGCCGUGACCGCAGGCUUCUAUGACGGCGAUGGCGAUGCGGCCGCAGCGCCGGUGCCCUUCUCGGCGGAGUUCGAGUGGGUCCCCGACUCGGACCCCGAGGCCGAGGAGGAGGGCCACGAGGGCAGCGGCAGCGAGGAGGACGACGCGGACGAGGAGGUCGUACCUUGGGGGUUCGACCAGGAGGAGCCGCAGGGCCGCCACGUGGAGAAGCGGGAGCGCAGGAGGCUGCUGCAGCAGCUGCUGUCCGAGGAGACCGACACUGCCACGCCGCCGAGGCGGCGCGGCCCUCCGCGGCUGGUAAUGGGGGCGUCUUCUCCGGCAGGGCGCCCGGGCGGUGCCCGGACGGCGAGGUGCGCGUCCUGA